AUGGGGCUGGGCCUUCUCAUUGAGCGCGUAAAGCUCCCCUACGUCUCACAAUGGAUUAAUGAGGAUAUUCGCCCUGUGGAGUCUGCCAGGCGAACAUGGAGCUUCUGGACAUUUCACAAUUACUGGUUGUUGGUCAAUUGCAGCGUUGCAACCUUUUUGACAGGGAGUGCGCUCAUACCGUUGGGACUGAACUGGUGGCAAGCCAUCAUUGCUAUCGUCGUCGGAAACAUUCUUGCAACUACUGCAAUUGUCAUCAGCUCGCUUUCAGGCGCCCACUAUCACAUUGGCUUUUCCGUCUAUAGUCGUGCGGUCUGGGGCAUGUGGGGAUCCCAGUUUGCCAUUUGGAAUCGCAUAUUCUUGUGUCUCGGUAUGGUACAUCUCUGCCAGUACGGAUUCCAGUCUUGGGUUGGUGGCCAGUGCUUCGAGCUCAUCCUCCUUUCGUGGGAUCCCAACUAUGAGUCCCGCAUCCCCAAUCACAUGCCUGCCUCUACAGGCAUGACGACGGCCCAGUUUGUGUCCUACAUCAUCUUCUUCGUCAUCAGUCUUCCGUUUGUGUGGAUCAAGCCGCAUCGUCUGCAAAAGUUUUUCUACUUCGCCUGCGUCGUGACAAUGAUCUUCUUUGUAGUCCUGUUGAUCUGGGCUCUGGCAACCAUGGGUAGUGAAGGCUUUGGCAGCACCCUGGACUCUGGAACCACCCUUCCCAAGACAGGUGGGCCAGGCAGCAUCGCCUGGCUAAUGGUGUACGGCAUAAUGUCCACCAUUGGUUCGAUUGCUGCCGGCAUUCUGAAUCAGAACGACUUCGCGCGUCUGGCCAGGAAGCCGAUGGAUGCAGUCUGGGGCCAGCUGAUUCCGUAUGGCCUCUAUAGCAUCUUCACCUCCGUCAUCGGCAUCCUUGUUGUCGCCGCCACCCAGAAGCGGUUUGACGGCGAGGCCGUCUGGAACCCGCCAACCAUCUUUGUUCGCCUAUUGGAGAAGGACAACAGCCCCGGUACGCGUGCUGCGCUCUUCUUUGCCGGCGUUGCCCUGUGCAUCUCUCAAAUCGGCAGCAAUGUCCCCGGAAAUGCCCUGGCUGGUGGCAUCGAUCUCUCGUCCGUCUUCCCGCGGUACAUCAACAUUCGCAGGGGUGCCUACAUUACGGCUCUCCUUAGCCCGAUAGUCAACCCCUGGCAGCUGGUCAACACGGCAACAACGUUCCUGUCCGUCCUGUCCAGCUACGGCGUCUUCCUUGCGCCCAUGACAGGCAUGAUGUUUGCCAACUAUGUCGUGGUGAAUAAGCGAAAGGUCAAGGUCGACGACUUGUACCACGGCCACAGCGGCAGCAUUUACUGGUACAAGUACGGCGUUAAUUUCCGCGCCCCCAUUGCGUGGGUGGUGGGAGUUGCCCCAACCUUGCCCGGCUUUAUCGCGGCGGUCAAUUUAUCCGUGUCGCUGCCUGAGGGCAUGACGGAGCUGUACUACCUCAACUACCUGUAUGGCUUCGUAUCCAGCGCCGUUGUCUACGCGCUCCUCCACUGGAUUUUCCCGGCCAAGGAGGUUGACGACUUUGUCAAGACUGCUCCGAGCGCAAGGGAGGUUCAGCAGUACUACACAGACCGCUGGGAGGUGAAUCUGUCUCAGGCGAGCCAUAGCUCGAGCCGAGCCGCUGAGCCUCACCACGCGUCGACAAGUAUGUUGUGCGUGUCCGCUGCGCGUCAUGCGUCCCCCUUUCGUUGGCCGAUACUACAUGCACACGCUGCUGCAUCCUGCCCUCCACAGCUUCAUUUCGUCCCAGCCCGCCUGCAUAUAUACCCAAUCCCCGAUUCGCGGAGUCCCCGAAUGCUAAACCGUCGUCGCAGGUCUCUUCUCGCCGUCGACAGUACCACUGAGAAUGGGGCCUCGGAUGCUGAGCUCGUUACGCCUCCGGCCAUAGACUCUUCACCGGGUCUAGCACGCCGAAGUGUCUCGCACUCCAGUCCGGCAGACACCAUUCAGUCGUCUGCAGGCCUCAGUGCCGCUGGCGAUCUGAGCCUGGAGCAGCAGUCAUCUGGUGGCUCUGCGGCAGUGGUACAUCAAGGCCUGGUUCGCCAGUCGGCGCAGUCUACGGAUGCAUUGGAGCAACCCUCAUAUGGCCUCUCUCCUCCUGUCCCGCCGCCAUCAAACCUUCCUCUCCACACACUCGAAGACAACUUCAACAGGACCGCACACUCCAUGGGGCCCUCAGCUGAGCAAGACACCUACCUCCUAGAUGCCUUCAGGUGUCUCAUCAUAAGCGAGAAUGAUGAGAUUGAUGCCAAUAUCAUUCAAGUCUAUCCAGGGGGGCCUUCAGCGGAUGAUCGUCCCGUCCACUUCCUGCUCUUGGAGAAUGAAAACCCAGACUUCACCAACGAGGCAAAGCAAAGUGCAUCGGACGGGACCGAGAGGCUGGUGUGGCCUUAUGGCGAACACUUAGUACGCUUGUACUUCAAGCACGUUCACCCUAUAUACCCCGUUGUCACCAAGACUCGCUUCCUUCGCCAGUAUAAAAGCAAUAGGUUGAAGAUUCCCGCCUCGUUGCGUGGUGCAAUUUACGGCAUGGCAUGCGUCUUCUGGGACCGCGACCCAGCCAUCAAAGAGGCCUGCCCCUUCCAGCAGCAUCAAUGCAUAGACCAUGCUCAUGAGGCUCUACGGCGUGAACAUGAGAAUCCCAAUCUGUUCAGCCUGCAAGCAGGCCUUUUGCUCCAUCACAUCACGCCUCCCGAUGUUGACAGCGUUGAGACACCGAGCAUGUGGACCAUGACAGCACAAACCACUGCUUGUGCCCAAACAAUUGGCCUCCAUCAAGAUCCUACCCGAUGGAGCAUUGAACCAUGGGAGAAGAGGGUAAGGAAGAAGCUCUGGUGGGCAGUAUAUGCCUCCGAUUGUUGGUCUGCAAUCUGCCAUGGGAACCCUCCGCACAUAAGCCCAACCUCAUUCAGUACGAUCCCGCCUGACAUGGACGAUAUUCGAGCCGAUGAGACUGUCCCUGAAGAUCUGCGAUAUCUAGUCGAGCCCGAGGACGCCAUUUUCCAGGCUUCGGUUGGAGCUCGAUUCUUGCAGUUUAUCAAUCUGACUAUUGUCCUAAGGGAAGUGUUGGAUUGCGCCUUUCAAAUUCGACCCAAUCCAUCAACCCUUGCCGAAAGAUCAAUGCAACUCAACAUGUUGAGGGAAAAAUUCAACGACUGGCAUAGCCUGCUGCCGCAAUGUCUCGCUCUCGGUCCCGAAAGAGGCCCCCUGCAUCUCACAUACUACGCCACCCAGGCCCUCUUAUACCGAGGCUUAAUGUAUCCUGCAACAAGAGCGGCCAAGGCCAAUCCCGAGUCAAAUCUUCGCAAAUGGUUCAUCUCCGCCCUCGCUGAAUUUCAAAGCUUUGUGUACUUUUUCAACUCUAUUACUGAGGAAGAUUUACGUGGCUUUUGGUAUGCGCGAUCACAGUUGAUCUUGUGUGGAAACUUUCUCAUCUACCUCUUUCUACUGGCCUCUGACCAGCAGCACAUUGAGGCUGCCUACCAGCUCCUGCAAGAAUUCCAUCUCUCCCUCAAGCGCCUUGGGGAAACCACUCACAAGCCUGGGCGGCUUUUGAUCCGACCGGUCAGGCUUAGGUUGGAUUCCUUCUUCCGCCAGGCGGCUACGAUCUUGCGUGGGAAUGAGGCACCCAUCAUUUCGCCUGUCAACACUACGGUUUAG